AUGCGCCGGCUGGGGCGAGGGGGCGCGGCCGGUGCCGGGCGACGCGACGCGACAGCAGCGAUGGGCGCGGGCGCGGCGCUGGUCGGGGCCGGGCCCCGCCUGCACCUGGGCGCGCGCGCCAUGCGGCGCUGGAUCGCCGGCCUGCCGCGGGGCGCGCUGCUGUGCUGCUCGGCCAGAGAUAGCGACUCAGAGAGUACCGGAAGCGAGGAUUAUUCCAGCGAUCUAUCGCAACUGUCCAGAGAAGAAUCCGAAAUACGAACUUCUCUUGGGAAAGACGCCUCAACGCCCAGAAGUUUCACGAGAACGAACCUUCUGAAAUGUAGGAACAGUGAUUCUUUCGUAGCCGACGAAGUGAUAUACGCCGGGGAUUACAAGGACGCCAAAUUAUACAUUGUGUUUGCGGAGGUUCAUCACCUUCCGCCAGCGACCGGAAGUAGAGACGUCAUCGCGUACCCGUUCGCAAGCAGCGCUCCAGUCUCGCUGAUCUCCGCGCACCCACCUCGACCACGAUACUUCCCCUGUUGCCCGGCUCGAGAAUGCCAUUGCGUUAUAUUCUUGAAACUGAUGGAAAACCUUUUCUUUGACAUAAUAAUGGAUCAACGAGAACUUUGUAGUCUGCAUAUCACUACUGUUGGAAAACUCAUCGCUGAUGUUUUGAAUCUGUGGAUUCAAGUGCAGGAAAAUAAAUAUCGCAGAAGUAUGGCUUUGAUCCCUCUCAGUAAUCGAUGUGACGCUUGGCUGAGUCUUAUUGAAUAAAUAAUAUUAGUUGACAAGUGCGAAUAUAUUAAUGGUUGAAUAAUGACAUAAUAU